GGCGUUGCCGCUGGUGUUGGCGGAGAAAUAUCUUUUUGUUCACAGAAAACAAGAUUAUCUUCUUACCCAAAAAGAUGAAACCAACUGGGUUACUUUCAAAAGACAACCAAGUGAGCACCGCAGACUAAUGAGUAGGAUCAAUAAGAACGUGAUUUUGGCGCUUUUAACUUUGACAAGUUCUGCAUUUCUGCUGUUUCAGUUGUACUACUACAAGCACUAUUUAUCAGCAAAGAAUGGAGCUGGUUUAUCAAAAUCCAAAGGAAGCCGAAUUGGAUUUGAUGGCACACAGUGGCGCACAGUUAAAAAAUUUAUUAUGCUAACAUCCAGUCAAAAUGUACCUGUGUUCCUUAUUGAUCCUUUGAUUCUGGAAUUGAUUAAUAAAAACUUUGAACAAGUCAAGAAUGCUUCUCAUGGCUCCGCUUCAGAAUGCAAGUUUUUCUGUGUUCCAAGAGACUUUACUGCAUUUGCACUACAGUAUCACCUAUGGAAGAAUGAGGAAAGCUGGUUUCGGAUAGCUGAAAAUAUGGGAUUUCAGUGCCUAAAGUUCGAGAGCAAGGACCCCCGGCUAGAUGGGAUAGACUCACUUUCUGGAACUGAAAUCCCCCUGCACUACAUCUGCACAUUGGCCAGUCAUGCUGUCCACUUGGUGGUCUUCCAUGAAAGGAGCGGCAACUACCUUUGGCAUGGCCAUCUACGGCUCAAAGGACACAUUGACAGGAAGUUUGUUCCUUUUCGAAAGUUACAGUUUGGUCGUUAUCCUGGAGCUUUUGACAGGCCAGAGUUACAACAAGUUACUAUUGAUGGAUUAGAAGUUCUCAUUCCAAAAGAUCCAAUGCACUUUCUGGAAGAAAUACCACACUCUAGAUUUAUUGAGUGUAGGUAUAAAGAAGCUCGAGCAUUCUUUCAGCAAUACCUUGAUGAUAACACUGUGGAAGCUAUGGCCUUUCGGAAGAGUGCAAAGGAAUUGUUGCAACUAGCAGACAAAACAUUAAAGAAAUUGGGAGUACGGUUCUGGCUGAGCAGUGGAACUUGUCUAGGAUGGUAUCGGCAGUGCGGCAUUAUUCCUUAUAGUAAAGAUGUUGACCUAGGAAUUUUUAUACAAGAUUACAAAUCUGAUAUUAUUUCAGCAUUUCAAGAUGCAGGACUCCCACUCAAACACAAAUUUGGGAAGGUAGAAGACAGCUUGGAACUAUCUUUCCAGGGAAAAGAUGAUGUAAAACUUGACAUUUUUUUCUUCUAUGAAGAGACUGACUAUAUGUGGAAUGGAGGCACUCAGGCCAAAACAGGAAAAAAAUUUAAAUACCUGUUUCCCAAGUUUACACUGUGCUGGACCGAGUUUGUAGACAUGAAGGUUCGUGUGCCCUGUGAAACCAUCGAGUACAUCGAAGCCAACUAUGGUAAGACCUGGAAGGUUCCUGUGAGGACAUGGGACUGGAAACGCUCUCCCCACAAUGUGCAGCCCAAUGGAGUCUGGCCCAUUUCUGAGUGGGAUGAGGUUAUCCAGUUGUACUGACACAGUAGGUUGAAAUGGUGGAAUUCCCCUCCUGCACAAAAGGGAGAUGACUGUUUAAAAAGAUACGUGUCUAGUUGUCAAACAUAAGUAGGAGCCAAAGAAAAAUGACAAGUUUGAAGAUACAGAGAGAGUCCUAACUCCUGAGCCAACUGAUUUAAUUCUCUCAUUUUACAUUUAUUAAAGUCUCCAUGUACCAGGUACAAUGCUAGGUUACAGUGGAGAAGCAGAGAUGAGUGAGACAGAUGCCUGCCUCUUUUCCCCCUACCUUUGGUAAGCACCCCAGUUUUCCUUUGAGGGAAACACCCUCACCCUUUGAAGAGCUUAUAUAGAAUAUGAAAUGCUCUGUAAGUGCUUUCAAAAUGUUAAAUAAUUAACAUUUUGGAAGAUGGGCUUACCAGGUGCAGCUAAGGAAGGAUAUACUAGUAAAAACAAUAACCUGUGUAAGCUUGUAUGUUAGGGCUACUUUUAAGGUGUGGAGGCUGAGUUAAUAUUCAAGUGAUCAGACUUUAGGUGACAUCAAGAAAAGAUGCUAGCAGAUUCCUGUUACAAGCACCCUGAUGUGGAAUUGAUUUAGAGCACAGAGCAUUAUAUAAGAGAAUGACAGCUUAUUUCUAGCCUUGUCAAAGGUACGUAAAUUUCCAUACACCUUCUAUUUUCAUAUCUGAAGUGAAAAGAAAGCUUAUGCUUGUGUGAUGCUUAAAUUUCCAGCCAUUGUGAGAAUAUUUUCACUGACCUGAUAAUACUUGUUUGACAAAUCACUCAAGUGAGACCAUGCUACCAGACAUGAUAUUGAAAGGGUGGUGAUUUCAUAAAACAUAUUUUCCUUACUUCAUUCUCAAUCAAUAGGUAAACUAUGAGCAAUUCAUGGUCAUUUAAUAUUUUCUGAGUUUAUAACCCUUGUACUCCAAUUCUAAUGUUAACCCUAAAGUGUUAAUAGCAAUACCUCCACUUUUUCUAAAGGUACUCCUCAGUGUAUUCAUUCAUCAAUCAUAGUUCCAUAUCUUUCACUUAUAGCCUAUAAACCAAUUUCCAUGGUAUGUAAACCUGCCUGUUCACUCUCCUCUUCCAGCACUACAUCAGGACUCCGAAACACAGAUAAGUGGCAAACCUGGCAGCUGUUUCCCACCCCAGAUCAUAGUAUUUGCAAAGUUUGUAUUGGUUCCUAGUUGUCCUAUCUAUUGAAUAUCAAUGGGGCAAGAACUCAGACAUCCCUACUUUGUCAAGUAGCACCCACUCUGAAACCCUCCAGUUUCCUUUUUCCCCUCAAGAUAUGUCCCUGAGUGGACUGGGAUGGCUGUGUCUCCCUAUCUCUUCACGAGUCACUUUAAUUAUGCAUUGUAAGUGACAGGUAAAGGGAUAUUAGGCACAGAGCAUUGCUAUCUUUUUCUUUGCCCAGGAUAGGAAGCUAAGUCUUAUAUUUUAUGUAGGUUGCUUAGGACUACUUUCUGGACCAGAUUGGCAGAUUUUCGUGAAAACUAGAGAAUAAUAGGAAUGUCAGAAAUGGAAACCAGAAGGUCUGAGAGAAUGGGCUGAUAGUUUUCCUAAAACAAAGUUGGGGAAACCUACAAGCUACAACCACCCCACUCCAAAUUUUAAAAACAGCAAAAACUUUUUUUUGAUAAAUGGUAAGCAAUGACCUUCCUCUCUUAGGAUGAGCUUUCAGUGCAUAGUCACUGGGUCUUCUUAUAAAGACCUAACAUAAUUUAGGUUUUCAGGUAACCUUUAUAGAUUACCAGUAAACUUGUCCCCAAAUGACAGGCCAUUGUAAUCAGCUUUCUUUUUGCUAGAAAAUCAGCCCAUGGACAUCAUACCCAAAUUCUAAAUAGUUGAACCUAAUUUUUUUUUUAUGGUUGAAAAAAUGUAACAGGUAAUAAUAGUGUUCCCGGGCAAAAUCCACCCUGUUUACUGAGGACCAUUUGCUCGUACUUAGCGUCUAGAAGUGCGCACACUGCACGUUUCUGCCCAUUUCACAUUGGGACUCCCACUGUUUGCCAGGGGGCGUCUUACCCACCCCCUGUUUAGGUUAUUUCUUUUUAUCUGUCCCCGGCGUUCAAGGUCUUGAAGCAUUCAAAUAUCUAAGCUAACUUGGCCGCGUGGACAGAGGUUCCAUAUACAUCCCUCUGUAGACCACUGGCUGCUAGAAUACCUUUUUUGACUGCCUUCUGGUUUCACAGAGUUCAGACAUUGGGUCCUACCCUAACUUGGGAGAAUGAAAGCCCUUCCCCAAACUCUGAAGGCCAGGCUUGCUCUGUUACAGAUUCAGCUACACUUCAUCCUAUACUUCUUAAUUGUUGCACUCUGCUGAGUGUCCAGAGACCUUGGAUCUACCAUCAACACCUUAUCAGAUCACUUUUCUCUCCUCACCUGAGUAUUCCAAUAAUAAUUCUCCUAACCUGUCCACUUCCAGGUACAGUUUGCCUGGCUUACCAGGAGAAAACCUCUUAUAUUAACUUGUUUAGCACCCAUGGAUGUCCCCAGAGAGGUCCUGAGAGUCAAGACUGACAACCUCUCACUUGACAACCAGGUGACCACUCAGUCCUUCUCUAAGCAGGGAGCACUUGUCCCUGUCUCCUCUGCUGCAGCUACUGACAUCUGGAUCCUGGAAUAAAACCUCAGUUCUCCAAAUUGAGCAUCCCUGAGAAGCUGGGCAGUGGGGCAAACCCUGAAAUAUGACCACUAGGUGGCAGAAUGUGUGCCACCAUUCCCCCCAGACAAGUUAACACUCAAGUGAAAAUCAUCUUGCUCUUGAGUCUUAAGGGCCAGAGGGGCCCUCACUGCAACACUCAUUCUAACCCUUUUAUUGUAUAGCUAAAUAAAUAAGCACAGAAAGGAGUGAUUUGAGCAAGAAAGAGUUGAGGCUCUAAGGGUGCCAUGACUCCCAGCACAUGCCUGUUUCACUGAUCACAGCACAACAUCUUUAGCCCUGCUUGACAUGCUUGACGGAGAAGUUUUCAGGAUGUUUUUGCCAUCACCCACUUAAUAUCUUUCUGCUCAAAUUUAGAGUCUGAGGUGACGAAGGAAGAGUGUUUUGUCCAAAAUGCUUACACUGUCUUCAUACCUUUAUCUAAAACAUGCCUUAUCUCCAAAAGGUGAAAUAGUUCAUAUUUGGAGGCAUCAGCCUUUGGUCAUUAUAUUUUUAAUAUCCAGGAGUACCUGAUUCCCUUAGGCUCACGAUGUGUCCCAUUUCUGCUUACCUCUCUACUUCCCCAGGAAACCAUUAGCACCAAUCUAGUAAGUGCCCAUUUCUGAAGAUUCCCUCCUCUUCCUCUUUACUGAUAGUCUCUUAUGGAGGAUCCAAGAAAUUGAGAAUAGAUUAUGCUCAUUUCUCUGUUUUUUUUUGUGACCCUAAACCAUUGUUUCUAGCCUUACAGGCUACAAAGCUUCAAAUGGCACAUAGGACAGCAAGGUGUUACACAGGAAAGCAGGGGUAGACUGGGGACCAGAGCUGCAUCUGGGAAACACACUUGGAAUGAAUUCCCACACUCCAAUAAACCCUUACCCAAUGUCACAAGCCUAAGGCUGCGGAUGUUUCUAAGUCUCCCCCUAGUUUCACCUUCUGAAAAAUGAACAGUUCCUUCAUUCUUAGUAUUAUAAAUCCCCUGGGGAAACUUCCCCUCAAAACACGGUCAGAGAAAGUGCCACAUUCCCACCUUCUAAAACAUAGCCAUCAUUUGUAACAACUUUAAAGCACGGGAAAAACUCUAUUUCUUGACCAUUCAAAAGGAUUUCUCUGAAGAAAUGCCCCAGCAGCUACUUCUCUUUCCUCCUGCUCUGUCACUAAGACCCGGGCUAAGUCACCUCUAACAUGUCACUUAGGGAAAGUGCCAUGUUAGCAUAAAAGGGCACAAAGUUUUGAAUUAGGCCUGAGUUUGAAUCCCAGCUUCAUUGUGUGGGAUUUAUGGUGGGGACCUCUUAGCCUCAGUUUCCACAUGAGUGAAUUGGCAAAAUGAAGAAUACUUCUAAGGGGUUUUAGUUAGGAUUAAAUGAAAUAUAAAGUGCUUAGUAUCAGGCCCUAGAAUUAGGUAAUACUCAAGAAAUGUUCCAUUUCUUGUUUCCAAAUCCUUUUUCUAAUUAUUCUUCAAAUGGGAUUAAAGAAACUGGUAGGACACAAACCUUACUCAGAAGGUUGCAUGACUGAAUUUGCUUAGGGGAAAAAAAAAUCAUUUCAUUAUAACAAGGCAUUAAAGGACAAAUUGUAUGGUUGAUGAAUUCAGAGACAUGACCAAGUUGCCUCCUUCUCUAAAUAGAACAAAUAUUUUCAUUUUAUUGGUGAAGCUGUUGUCCUCUAGGGUCUCCUCAUGCUAUCCCCAUAUGCUACCUAGUUCCCGGGUCCCAAGCAGGUCACUCUCUGUACCUCCCUAGAUUUGGUGCCUGGUCUGCCCUGGACUUCUGUUUCAGUAUUCUAGCUUUUCAUGGAGGUGAACCCUCACCUUCUUGUUAGUAAAUCUCUGCCAGCCAAAAUCAGAUAUAAGCCAUGAUUUGGAGAGGGAAAGAAUUUGGAAUACUUAGUUUCACUUAAUUAUCUGUGCUGAUGAAUGCUUAUGUCAGUAUUAAUAAACGGGAAUUGAAAAUACUCUUUUCUACCUUCUUCCCCCACAUUUGUGUUUCUGUCUCAACUAGGCAAGAAUCAACAGGGUAUGUGAUACUAUUUUAAGCUGCUCCACAUCAGACUGAAAUCCUAAUUAUAGUUCAUAAGUCAAACAGACCAAUUCAAUAGUGAUGCUUUUUGUACGGUACCUGUGCUAAAGUAGACAAGUAUACAUUUUUCUAUGAGAAAUCUGUUUCUAUAUUCUCAGAACUUAUAUUUUAGAAUGCCUUCCUUGCCUUCCUCCAACCCAACCAAUGCAGAGAUUAUGUCGGAACCCAUGAGCCACCCAAGCUGCUGUGUUCUUAUGCACAGCUCUCACAGUGGAGUUGAAAGGCAGUAUGAGGAGAAUUAGAAGUGCUGUAUUUUGUUCUAUAAAACAAUAAACUACUGUCUCAUGUACCAUUAAGAAAAUUACAAGAGUAUGCAGACUUAUGACUCAUUCAGAGCAUGGGGAGUAGUUCAUGUGUUUGUUAAAUGAAAAUCAUAUGUAGCUAUUUAUGUAUCCCUCAUCAUAACCAGAAAACGUGUUUGUGAAUUUUCUAAACAAAGUGAUAUUUUAAACAUGAGUAAAUUUCAGUGUAUGCUUACCAGUUUACUUUGACUUUAUCUUCAGGUACAGAUAGUUUGUGGUACUACUGAAAAUGCCUUUAAUAUUAUUAUUUUGAUCAGAAUUUGUAAUAUAUAAUCCAGUUUGGGACGAUGAAUAAAAUUUUUCUAAUCACUUGA